GAUGUGGGCGUGGGGCUUGUGUCUGCACCUCCACCCCCAGGGCUCAGUUGCCUGAGGGCAGCAGUGCGAUCAGACACCAAUGCUUUACAGAGGAAAGAGAUGGAGAAUUAUCUCUUCCCUCAGAAAUUCUUCACUGAUUGUUGGCUGAGCUCCAGUCCCACUAUCUGGGCAGUUAAUGCCAUCUUUGCAUUUGUAUGUGGACUGGGGGUCUUCGUCCGCUUACUUUCCUAUUUCCAGCCUGAUCCAUCCUCACCACCAUGCAAGAAAUAUAGGAAGAGCAGGAAGUGCCAAGGGGAGCCAUGGAGAAGGAGCAACAGAAGCCAGAAAAAACAGACUCUGAAAGCUUGCAGAAGUUGCCAGCAAGAGCUGGAAGAGGUCCACAGCUUAGUCUCCCUUCUGCAAAGCCACCUGGCGAGGCUCUCUGACCAGGGGGGCUUUCACCAGCUCUUACGUCAAGCAGCCCCUGGGCAGUUGCACCGAGGGGUGUCAGCUGGAGCCCAUCAGCCAUGCAGGGAGCCUGUGGAAGAUGCUGCUCCCGCCACGGGCCCAUCACCUGCUCGUGCUCCGCUGACGGGGCUCCCUCAGCCUCUGGCCUCCAUCCUGCCAGCGAGACCUCAAGAAGAGCAAACUAACUUUAAAAAAAUCCUGCCGGACACAGUGAGAAAGAACUUUCUUCCAGAUGUCCAGAAUCUCCUUGAACUACUAAUUAGCAAAAAGGUAGAACUGAAGAGUUGUAAGGAGAAAAAAAAAGGUGGGUCAGUUGUCAAACAGUGGUGCCCAGACGACCACGUGAGCUUCUGGGGGACUCUGUGGAAGCUGCUGGGUGCUGAGCAGAACACCACCACCCCGCCGUCCUUCUGGAAUAUGAAAAACAAACCAGAGCCACUGGCCCAAACUCAGCCAUUCUCAUCUCCCAAGGUUUUGGAAGACCACUUGCAAUGGAAACACAGCCAGCUCUUCUGGGGUCUCCCCUCUCUGCAUAGUGAGUCCCUGGUGGCCACUGCCUUGUUCUCUACUCACUCUUCUCGACUACAGGCUCCCUCUGUUUUAUUCAAUGGGACCUCUAAUUGCUUGCCAGUUCUAAUUCAGGAUCAAAUAUCUUCACAGUUUUCCCACGCCCCACCCUUGCUCCACCAUGGGAUCCAACCCCAACCCUCAACGCUAACCUUGCCCCAGCCCCAGGCCCCCCUUGCAACCUCUGUCCCAAUAGGACCACCUUUUCUCCCAUCCCAGAGGAGGACCAGUAGGGUAUCUUGUCCUACAUCCCAGAAGAAGACACAAUCCUUCAUCCCAACUGAAAUGCAACAUCUGGAGUGGCCCUUGUUGCCAAAGCAACAAGAAAGGGGGAAGACUUUACCCACUAUGGAGAAAAGAUCUCCAAAAUUCUUUAGUCAAGUCCCUCCAAAGCUUCCGGUGGACCACCAGGCCUUCCAGGCCCACAGGUCAGUUUCCACCUUUCAAGGGGACUUUGUCAUCUUUAAUAUCCAGAAGCCACAGCUUCAAAGGAAGCCCAGCAGGGAUAAACAGCAAAGCAGCUUGCCCCACAAGGUUCAGCUGUCUCUGGAACUGAUGUGGCCUCGGGAUGAAUUCCUGGGGGUGAGUCAGGCACAGGGAGAGCGGGGGCUCUCAAGGCCCUUUGUGUUUAAAGGCAAAAGCAGCCAGGCUACAUGGAGGACCAGGCCCAGAUACCACAGGAAGUAUCAAGCAAGAUUCCAAGUAGAGAACUUUGGUAAGAGUCUACGGCAGUGUCUGAAGAGGACCCCAACAGGUCUCUCCGGGAUCUCAGCUAGGUUCCCAGUGAAGGUUCUGGGAACCAACUCUGAGAAGGAGUUUGGAAGACCCUUGAUAAGGGCCUUGGAGUGGGACCCAGGAAAAUACUUAGCCAGGGGCCCGGAUAAGAAACAUCUAGAAAAAACAUUAAAGGUUCAUUUGCAGAGGAAAUUGGGACAGAUCAGUGAGGGUCUGAUCCCUGUGACUGUGCGUCGAUCCUGGUUUGUGGCCAGCCAUGCUUUUCCCAAGUCCCAACCCCACAUGGAUAUCAGAAAUCUAGCACCCUUGAAGGAUCGGAAGCCCUGCAUAAACACCUCCCAUGAGCUGUCCUUCCUUUGUCCUAACAUUCAGCAGAAGCUGGAAACACACAUCAUAAGUUUUCGAGUGAGGCGUAAGUGGGACCUACCUCUCCAAACUGUUGAGCCCAUAGAUCUCCAACUACAUGAAGCUCAACCCUUGCCCUUUCCCCAGUCCCCCUUUCCAUGCUCAGCCACCUUUGUACCUAGGGCCCCUUCAAAAGCCACAUUUUACAAGUUCUUGGGGAAACCACCUCAGCCUCAUCCAGGAGAGAAGUAUAUAACUGAAAAGUCUGAUCCCACUUCAGGGAGUCCCCUGCCUAUUCCCUUACCCAUAUGUGAGCAAAUCCAGCAGGCCCUGGGAGGGACUUCACCUGGUGAUGGCCAUCAGUCCUCAGAGACGUCUUUAUCAGCACAGGAGGGCAGAUCACCUUCUCAGGCCUCCAUUCUCAGCCUCCUAAACAGAACCCUGCACAGCAAGACUAUUAUGGGGGCCAAGAAAGACAACCUGGAACCAAGUCCAAGUUUAUCAAUGGCCAGGAAUGAGCUAAAGGAGGAGAGUGGGGGUCAGACCUCACCAGACAAGGUAGCAACACUGAAGAUGAAGCUCAGGUCCCAAACUCCAAGGGCCAAAGGGGCCACGGAGGCGAUGGAGGCCAAGAAGGCCCCUGCUUGGAAAGUCACCUUAAGACCCAGUGGGCUGGCCAACAAAUCAGCCAUUUAUGUGGAUCUGAGGAGAUCAGGAUCUCCAGGUGCUAGGAAAAGCCCCUCACCAUCUACAGUGUUGGUUGCUCAAGAUCCAGGGGAGGUAAGCCUUAAGACAAAGGUUAGUAAGUUUGAGCUCCAAGAGAAGAUAGAGUCAGAGAACCAGCCUGAAGGCCAUACCACUGGUGUGCUUCCUCAAGAUUCUCCCAGGGACAUCCUCCUUCCAGACUCUGCCACUUGUGUGCUUGUCGAAGACCGUGGCACCAAUGUGCUCCUGCCAGACUCUCACACCAAUGCCGUCCUUGCUGCAGACAUCUUGACCACUCAAGAGUCACCCUCCUGUUCCCAAAGGGAACGUGCCAGUGGAGACACACCAGCUUCCCCGGUGUCACAUAACCUUAGCUCAAGUGGAUCAAGCAGUGAGGGGCAGCAAGAGCCCCGUGGACCAAAGGUUGAGGAACCAAGUGACAGCCAGAGCAACAGUGAGACCACUGAUGAGGAAAAGGACCAGAAGAGUCCCAAACCAGAAGAGAAUGAAGACAGGUGUGCAGAACCAUUGGCAAUCAGGGCUUCCCAAGCUAACGAGAUAGGCCACCCUCCCCAGGUCAGAGGAUCAGGAGAGAGCCUUGGGAGCAAAUACCUCCGGCUCAUGCCACCAGAAAAGGCACAUGUUUUUCCGGAAAGCCACUUUAGACAAAGGAUGAAGAAUUUUCUGCAGUGCCUUAAUCCCAAUAAAAAAAGCAAAGGAUUGGAAGGCCCCCUUCAAAAAGGCAAGCCUGCGUCAGCUCCUGUCCAGAGCUGGGUGCCAGUCAGAAGCAGAUCGGUUAUGGACAACAGGGCUGCUGAAACUCAGAAGAUCGUGACAGCUGUAGGACAAGUCCUGGUGGAAAAAUUGGGACUCCACCAAGGAAUUCGGGCCUCAGAGAUGUAUCAGCACAAGGAAUUGCAGGCCCCAGUACAUAGGCGUUCUUGCCCCCACAGGGCUUUCGUCUCCAUAGACCAGAAAAGAGUGAUGGGAGGGAUAGCCUCCAAUCAGCAAGGCACCCCCAAGGGUCACAGCUGCCCUGGCAAGAGCCAGCUGACCAGAGACAGGAAUGACGAGUGGGAAAGCCUCCCCAGGGACCUGGGGCCCCCAGGCAGACCAGGCCAGCACCGGCCGAUGGCGGCAGGUAUCUCCUCCGGUCGAGUUCACCAUUAUCCUACAUGCAGUCUUCGAAAAUGUGUCUCAACCCAUCAGGCAGAGAGCGCUUCACACAUCUUUCCUGGUCAGAAAGAUUUCCUUCAAGAAAAAAUUGAGUAUAUACAAAGAAAGCCCAUUUUUUUCUCACAUUAGCACAUCCUCUGUGUGCUAAUGACAUCCCCGUGCCAC